AUGAUAACAAGCAUUUGCAUGUCAUGUUUUUCAGGGCUAUUCAAGAGUUCACUCAAGUUGAAGAUGGACAUUUCCACUGAUACUGUCAAAGAACGUAUGAGGCAUACCAGAGCUUAUAAGAUUCCGGAUAUUGAUGUUUCGGGGUUGAUUGGUUUGAGUUCUCGGUUGAAAGGGGAGGUUCUCCGUCAUUUCAAUCAUGACUAUGGCAAUUUGCUCUCCAUCCUUAAUACAUCUUUCGAUCCAAUGGCUUUGAUCACCCUAUUUCAGUUCUAUGAUCCGCACUUGAGAUGUUUUACAUUUCAGGACUAUCAAUUGGUCCCAACGCUCGAGGAAUUUUCUUACAUACUCAACAUCCGAAUCACUGAUGAUGUACCUUUCGUUCGAGUUCCCGAGGUUGUGAGAUUUGAAAAAAUAGCUGAAGCUCUUCACAUGGGUAUAAAGGAGGUGGAAAGAAAUUGGAAGUCAUCGAGCGGUGUUUCUGGUUUCUAUCUUUGCUUUUUGAUUAGUGGGGCUGAGGAUGCGGCUAAGAAGGAGCAGUGGGUUGAUUUUAGUCGUUUGCUUGCUAUCAUGAUUUAUGGUAUUGUCCUAUUCCCCUCAAGAGAGAACUUUGUGAGUUUGGCGGCGAUUUGUGUCUUUAUGAACAAAAACCCCGUGCCAACGUUGCUUGCGGAUGCUUAUUUUUCGAUCCAUUCGAGAAGUAAGAAGGGAGGAUAUAUUGUUGGUUCUUGUCUUCCGUUGUUGUAUCAGUGGUUCAUGUUGCAUUUGCCGGUGAGAGGACCUUUUGUGUUCAAGAAGAGUUCUCUUAAGUGGUCAGAUAGGAUUGUUAACCUCACAUCUUAUGACGUCAGGUGGAACUAUUGUGUGGGGAAGAUUUGGAACAUUAUCACUAGUUGCGGUCAAUAUCCCAACGUUCCUCUCAUGGGAACCAGAGGUUGUAUUAGUUAUAAUCCCACGCUCGCCUAUCGUCAAUUGGGAUAUGCAAUGGAAAGGGCUCAGAAUGAUGUAGAAGCGUUUGAAUCAGUGUACUUUGCUGAUGGUAAAGAUCCUCUGGAGCUAGAGAAGAUAGCGUAUGCUUGGACUAAAGUCCAUAGAAGGGAUCAGACUACUUAG